CUAAAAAUUUCUGUUUGCAGUCCAUGGUGGCUUCUCUCCCUGGCAGCCAUGGGAGUCUUGCAGUACCACCUGUGGGGAGGGUGUUCAGACACGCAGACGGCAGUGUGAUAAUCCUCCCCCUACCAACAAUGGGCGCUCCUGUGUCGGACCAUAUACAGAGACCAAAACAUGCAAUCCCAGGCAAUGUGAAAUUGAUGGUGGCUGGUCAGAGUGGUCGGUGUGGGAGGAGUGCUCUGCAACUUGUGGUAAGGGUGUCCAUCAACGCACCCGGUCCUGCAACAACCCAAUGCCUCAAAAUGGAGGCAAACCUUGCACAGGGGAAUCCACACAAGUCCAAGACUGCCACGCAGACCCUUGCCCAGUGAAUGGCGUGUGGGGACAGUGGUCCCAGUGGCAGCCAUGUGAUGUGACAUGUGGUAAAGGUGUGCAGACCAGACUGCGGAAGUGUGACAAUCCCGCUCCCAGCUAUGGAGGGCUGCCAUGUGAGGGGAGUGACAGGCAGACACAGAUGUGUGAGCUGGAUGCCUGCCCAGUGGAUGGCAAGUGGACACCGUGGGGCCCGUGGUCAGCCUGUAGUUCAUCGUGUAACAACGGUAUCCGUACGCGUACGCGGACAUGUAAUGCAGCGGAACACGGCGGCCGGGCAUGUCCGGGAGAAGACACACAGGUGAACUUCUGCAACAGCUUACCCUGUCCAGUCCAUGGUGGCUGGGGUCCCUGGACAGCGUGGGGUGGCUGUAGUCGCAGCUGUAACGGGGGACAGCGUAAGAGGUACAGGACGUGCAACAAUCCGCAGCCACAGCAUGGUGGCCAGUCUUGUGCUGGUCCGGCAGCGGAAAUUGAAGGUUGCAGCUUUGAGCCUUGUCCAGUCCAUGGGAAGUGGAGUUCCUGGACAGACUGGAGUGAAUGUUCAGCUACAUGUGGCCGGGGAGAGAGGAUAAGAACCCGUUCCUGUAACAAACCAGAACCUCGGCAUGGUGGGAACUCCUGUCUGGGGGACAGCUCACAAGUGCAAGCCUGCAGAAUACGCUCAUGUAGAGGGAGACCAACCCAGGCACAUGGAAGCAUCAUAGGCACAGUGAACAACCUUGAGUUUGGAGUUGCAACCCUGUAUGCCAACAUUACAAAAAGCAGAUCAGGAAACCACAGGGUGAUAGCCGUGAUGACCAAUAUACCAGCUAAUGUUGGUUUUUGGCUGAGAAAACUUGUAUCCAUCUUGACCCCUGUAUAUUGGACAACAGCAUUUGAGGUAGGGGAGGCUGUCAAUGGCUAUACACUAACAAAGGGGAUUUUCCAGAGAGAGACACAAGUGGAGUUUCCCACAGGAGAAACUCUGCACAUGACCCAUAAUGCAAGAGGUCUGGAUGACAGUGGUGUCCUGCAGCUGGACAUUGUACUGAAGGGUGACGUGCCACGUCUCUCAAGCACAGCAAACAUCAUCCUGAAGGACUAUGUGGAGGAUUAUGUGCAGACAGGGCCUGGACAGAUAUACGCUUUCUCUACACGGAUGUUCACUGUGGAUGGCCAUAUGCAGCCCUACACGUGGAAUCACACUAUCCAUUACGAUAGUAGUCUUGGACAGAUGCCCUAUCUGGUGGAGAGGUUAUCAGUGUCCAGUGUUGGUGUGGACUAUGAUCCUGAUUCAGAAAUACUGGACUGCAAGCUGGAGGCUUCCAUAUCAAAAGGAGUUCCCAGUAACCAGUGUCCUGCAGGGUUUCGGCUGGACCCAGUUGGACCCUAUUGUCGAGAUGACAAUGAAUGUGCGACCAACAACCCCUGCUCCCACUUCUGCCACAAUGCCAUGGGGAAGUACUUCUGCUCCUGUCCUCCUGGCCUCAUGAUUGCUGUAGAUGGGCAUACAUGUGAAGAUACUAAUGAGUGUGAGAAAGAGAAGGACAUCUGUCCACCUUAUCAGGACUGCCUCAACACUUUUGGAUCAUUCCACUGUGCUGCUCGCUGCAGCAAAGGUUACCAACGAUCAGCCAGUGGAAACAGGGACUGUCAAGACCUGAAUGAGUGUGAGAAGGUGCCAUCCCCCUGUCAACAUGAAUGUACCAACACUGUGGGUGGCUUCAGGUGUUCUUGUCGACAAGGCUACAGAUUGCUGGGGAAAAACAACUGUGUUGACAUUGAUGAAUGUAAGGGUCCCACCAAGGCCUGCAGCCCAGAGGAUAGAUGUAUCAACACUAUGGGCAGUUUCACCUGCCGACCUGUCUGCAAUAAGGGCUUCCGCCUAGUUACAAAUGGAUCCUGCAUUGACAUAGAUGAGUGCACAGCUGGUGUCACAGAGUGCAGGUUCAAUCAGAUUUGUCGGAACACCCAAGGCAGCUACAAAUGUGUGUGUCCCCGAGGAUUUCAUUCUCGUGCAGUAGGCUUCCCUUGCACAGAUGUGGAUGAAUGUCAACGCCAGCCACGCCCCUGUGCCUACAAAUGCCGCAAUCUGCCAGGAUCCUACAAAUGUCUGUGUCCACCAGGUCAGAAGUUGUUGGCUGACCGACGAUCUUGUGCUGGCCUCUGGCACCCAGAUGACACAGACAAUAAUGUUAUCAGUACAAGGUCAGGCUGUGAAGCAGGCUACCAGGAAGUAGAUGGAAUAUGUUUAGAUGUGGAUGAAUGUGCAGCUCCCAGGUCCAAGUGUCAGCAUGAAUGUCACAACACAGUUGGCAGUUACCAGUGUCGCUGCCCCGUGGGCUAUCGUGUCAUGCCUUCUGGAGGAACAUGUCAAGAUAUCAAUGAAUGUAUAGAACAAAAUAUCAACUGUGGUCCAAACAAGUUGUGUUUUAAUCGUCGAGGUGACUAUGAGUGUGUGGACUCGCCAUGCCCACCUAACUACAGGAGAGAAUCCUCCUCGGGGUACUGCAUACGAGAUUGCAACCCGGCAGACUACAAAUGUCCAACAGACUAUGCUGUGGAAUACAAGACCUUGGCCCUUCCCUAUGGCAUUGAUGCUAAUCAAGACUUACUACGACUCAUAGCUUACUUUGAAGAUGGCAGACAGCACCCUAAAACAACAUUUUCCAUAACUGAGCAAGAGAGUAACUUACCCUUUGCAUUACGGCCAGAUAAGGGCACGGGUGUACUUUAUACAUUGAGGCCCUUAAAACAAGCUCGGUCCUUCCAAAUGAAAGUUCGUGCUAUAUCAUAUGACGAAAGCCGUAUUGAGUACCAAACAACAUUCAUCAUUUACAUCUCUGUAUCAUCAUACCCUUAUUAAAUCUUCUUGUUUCAUUUGACUGUUGUAAUAGACAACUACAUGUACAUGUAAUAUGAUGUUAUUGAGAGAUUUGUAGUUGAGAUUGCUCCAGGCUUCAUCAGUGCAUAUGGGAUUCAUACCACCACAUUCUGUCAAUUAUUGUCCUAUUAUGGCACACAAGCUUAGCGUUAGGGUUUGACAAUAACUUUGGACAAAGGGCUUUGGAGAAAGCGAUUUUUUAAUGUAAUUUUACCAAUAGAUGCUUUUGAAAUUUUUACAGAUUUGCUACCUUCUUCAGGCUGGGAAUGUGAAUUGAUGUUGACAGAGGUUAAUCUACUUAAUAUCUUUUAAGUAAGACAUGUACAUGUAUGUAUGGAAGCAUAGUAUCAGAGGAUAAUGAUGUUUUUAUGACAUAAAAUAAGGGGAACUUUUGAAGCCAGUAUUACAUGCAGCAGAUGCUCCUUGGUGCUGAUUGAAUAUGGAUGGUAGUUCUUGCUAAUGAAACAUUUCAUCCCUGCUGGCAUAGAGAAUUACAGUGAUGACUAAGAUCAUGAAUUGAUGGUAUGAGAAGAACCUGAAUCAGUAAUUUUAGUCUUGCUGUUAUGUUACUUUUCACAUUUAUAAAAGGUUUAUUUGUUUCUUGUUGUCAUUUUAGCCAUCAUAUAUGUGUUUUUUUGUGACGAACAGAACCUGCACAUGUAUAUGUUACAAGUUGAUGUUGUCUACAUGUUAGAUGUGAUUAUUUUUGCGUUGUAUACGUGAGGUAACAUUGCUGGUAUGUAUAAAAGAUUUAAUUUUGAACAGGGUCUGGUGUUCAAUGUUACCUGUGUUACAAAUACAGGAAUAUGCAACCUGUGCA